AUGGACUCAGACAGAGCAGUGAUAGUGUUGCCGGCACACUCUGUAAAAGCAGACGACUCUGGGCUUGAUUUCGCCAAGAACCAGGAGCGCAAAGGAUGUGUCCUCACCGGCUUCACCCAAAGCUCAGAAGAAGGUGCCCGAUUGUUGGAGUGGGCACACGUGCUUUGUGGCACGAAUCUCAGUGGCGAGCUUCGCUUUUACGAGGGACGCGAUGCUUUAGAAGGGGAGCCCUUCCUAGGGCAACUUGAGAGGCAGUUGUAUGACAACCUGUCCUGGGCCAGCAAUCGCAUGGAGGAUGCAAGCGUUGAUGCAGCCAAGGCUGAAGUCAUUACAGACAAAGACAUGCUAGGACUUCUCGCCCGGCAAAUCGAAGGCAUGAUGCAGAUGUUUCUGCGUGCUUCUGACACUUGGUUUGAGGAAGAUUUCUGGUGUGUGAAGCUGGAAAUCAACCUGAGUGAUGAUAUCGAGUUUUGCCACCACGGCACGAGUUUGCGCUUGAUUUCGACAUUGGUCGGCGAUGGUCUUGUUGUUGCCCACAAUGAUGCUGUGGAUUGGUUGGUGUAUGAAGGACCGCACAAGAGCAUGCAUGGGAAAGCAUGGAACCACCAGGUUUGCUCCGCGGAGCAUGCAACGAGCGUUGGCGAUUUGGUUCUGGCAAAGGGGAAGACGAGCCGAGAUACAAUGCCAUGUGUGUACAGAUCGCCUGACUCUGCCCAGAGAGUUACUGAACGAUUUGUUCUGACACUCGACCGCAUCUUGGCAGCUAAAAAAGGAAGACUCGUGGGUUUCAAAAAUGCUGACAAGCUGCCCGUAACUCUGCUGAGCGGAUUUCUGGGCGCGGGAAAGACGACCCUCCUGACACAUCUCUUGAACAAUCGGGAAGGAAUCCGUGUUGCAGUGCUGGUCAACGACAUGGCAUCCAUAAACGUGGAUGGGCAGUUGCUGAAGGAUGGGGUAGACUUCUCGGAAAGCACUGAUAAGAUUGUCGAACUUCAGAAUGGCUGCAUCUGUUGCACUCUCAGGGAGGAUCUCAUGUCGACGGUGGGCGAGUUGGCUCUCGAGCGCCGCUUUGAUUAUCUCCUGAUCGAAAGUACGGGAAUCAGUGAGCCGAUGCCGGUUGCAAGCACUUUUACAGCUACAGACGACAUGGGGCAAUCAUUGCUGGGCAGCUUAUCGAAGUUGGACACCUUGGUGACGGUUGUGGACUGCCCUUGUUUCCUGAAGGAUUACCAAGGUGACCAGUUGCUGGUGGACAAGCAAGAGCUCGGCGCAGAAAAGCAUGACGAGCGAAGCAUCGUAAACCUCUUGACGGAUCAAGUUGAGUUUGCCAAUGUCCUGGUACUCAACAAAAUCGAUCUCGUUUCUUCGCAAGAGCUGGACACUCUGAAGGGCAUCCUUGCAAAGCUCAACCCUGACGCAAAUGUGAUCGAAACGCAAUUCGGCGUAGUAAGUCCAUCAUCCGUGUUGAACACACGAAGCUUCGAUCAGGACUCCAUGGGGACGAUAGCCCUUUUCCAGGCCCACGGGCUUCUGGCAGCCAAGGAGAAACCGUCAGGCUCCAUGCUUCCAGGUUGGGUUCGAGAACUGCAAGAUGUUGACCGCAAGCCGGAGACAGAAGAGUAUGGCAUCUCCAGCUUCGUUUAUUCCGCGAGCCGCCCAUUCCAUCAAGAUCGGCUGGACAGCAUAAUUGAGCAUGGCUUUCGGAAUUUGGGCGUGCUUCGCUCAAAGGGCCUAGUCUGGUCUGCCAGCAAUCAUGACAUGGCCUUGGAGUGGAGCCAAGCAGGUUCUUCCAUGGCUUUGAAACCUGGGCGCCGCUGGCACGAUGGAGAGAGGAGGCAGGAAGUUGUUUUCAUCGGUCAGAGCAUGAACGAGCGCAAGAUUCGCUUGGUGCUGGAUGAGGCAUUGGCGUCCCCGGAGUUUACGGGGGUGCCGAGGCCAACUCGAUUCCAACAAGCAGGUGGCGAGGCUGAGUUCAUGGGUAGUGCAAGAAAAGCAGCCCGGGUGCACUAA